UUCAUUGGUGAAUGUUUUGGGGCUGGUGAAGAAUACUAGGUAGAUGGAUGGAUGAAUGGAUGAAUGGAUGGAUAGCAAUCUGAAAUCAGUUACGAUAUAUAGAUGUAAAUAAAGUAAUUUCCCUGAGAAUGAUUUUACAAUGACUAGGUACGACACAACACGACACGACACGACACGCACACAGCAUACAUGAUACAGCAGACACCAAUAACAAACGCAACCCAAGAUUAAUACGAAAUCAUCAUUCAUUCAGGGUUCAACGUUGCCCAGCCUUAUAUGAAAGCUUUACCACUUUUUCCUCCGUAUUGAUAAUAUUAACCUGAGUACGGGGGGAUUGUGGGUUUGUACAGAGGAUGCACCGUUUUGGGUAACUAGGUUGGAAAGAAUAUAGCGCCAAGUCCCUGAAAGUUUCAGCGUUCUUCGUGGUUAGAUGUAAUAAAUAAAUUGGCAUUGUUCAUUUUCGAUCUCUCCUCUCCUGGACGUGCUGGAACCCCAAAGUUAAUCAACAAAUAAGAAGAAAUAAGAAAUAAGAAAUAGGAAAUAAUAAGGAAUCAGGAAUCAGGAAUCGGAAGUCGGAAAUCAGAAGUAAGCCAAUUCAACCGUUUAAGGAAGUCCAUACGGAUACGAUACUCUCCAUACUCGAGCCGUACUACUCUACCGGUACUAUUCUACUCUACUCUACUCUACUCUACCCUUCCCUUCCCUACCUCCAACCUUUUACCUCCCGCCUCCUACCCAGCUAGUCCUCUCAUCCCUUCAUCUCUAAACACAACAAUACUCGAGGGGGGGGAAAUCACGCCCAUUCAUUCACACCUCCUCCCUUCUAUACGACGCAUCCUAUCCUAUCACGUCCUAUCUAUCUCUCUCUCUCUCUCUCUCUAUCUACCGAAAUCUUUCUCCCUCUCUCCCUCUCUCUCUCUCUCUCUCUCUCCCUCUACGAAUCCCUCCAUCAAUUUAUACGCUCUUCCUCAUCCCUCCCAUCCACAUCCGCAUCCACAUCCAUCUCUCCACCCUCCAACAAAUCCAUCCGACCUUCCGCAAAACCUAAAUUCACAUUCACGAGAAGAAGAAGAAAAAGGGAAUCCUUCGCUAUUCGACCUCCUAUCGAACCCUCAACCAAUAACCUCCUACAAUUCACACUCGUUCACUCGCGCGCCCGUCCUUCGAUUGAUCGGCUUCCUUAUACGACCUUCACUUUUUUUUCAUCACCCGCGAUCGUUUCUAGAACCCCUACUGACUUCCAAACCCACCUGAACCUCUAAAAGAUCUCAACGCCACACUCUUAACGUUUCACCAUUGGGUCACACCUUAUUCAUACACAUAACGAACCAAAACACAACAGACGGCCAUUGAUUCAUUUUUGGCCCUAUCCUUCCAUUUGAUAGACUAGCAUAUCCCCAGUCUCCAUCGAACAUCGAACAUCCAAUAUUCUCUUCUGCUGAGACCCCCGCUCUCAGUGCAUGAAUUGAUUCAACCUUUUCGCAAACGAUCCGUCCUUUCUUUUCUUUCCACGACAGAUUCAAGUCAUUCGCUCCUUGGCUCCUGUUAAGGAGCCUUAAACACCGCCGAAGUGGCUUUCAGCAAAGACUCUCGAAAGUCCCUGCUUUCUCUUGGUCAGGGACCAUAUGAACAGGACGCUGGAGGGUAUUUUCAUCGUGAAGGACUCGCAUCAGGACCCAACGCGAUAUCAUCCGCAAGAAAAGAGAAGAUGUAUGUCCCAAAUACCCCAUGGACAUGGGCGUUCAUGAUUGCCGCAACCGUACAAGCCGCUGCAGUCUUAGCAAUUGAAUCAUAUGUGUUCGCAAAAUUCCAAACCAGUCUGGUCAAAGGCAAAGAACAAAUAGCUCUCGAUCGAACAAUUCCAACCUACCUUACUCUAUUCAUUUUCGGUUUCCUUUAUCAAGUUGUUCUAGUGUACGAUUCUCUACGACUCAAAAAUACAAUUCAGGUUAUCGGUCUUUGCAUGUACAAUGGCGGAAUGCUAAUCUAUGCCUCCAUUCAAUACGAUCAAAUUCAAACAGCCAUUGAAUCUUUGGGCGACCUUGGUUAUGUGGAUGAGGACGCAAAUGUCUGGCCGGAUGUGCAAGGGCUUUUGGUCGCAGUUCCAUGUAUUAUCGCUUUCUUCUCCAUAUUGAUGUCAUUCAUAGCCUGGAAGCUUUACGACGAAUUUGCCUGGACGAUUUACAAACACAUUAGCGCUGAUUUGCGGAUGAAGCGCAGAUUCUUGACCUACCAAAUUUACAUUGCCUUGUUGAAAUUCGAUUUCUUCUUCUUCUUGGGAUUCACCGUUCAAUUUCUAGUUAUCGUUACUGGUGUACAAGAUUUCGAAUUCGGUUUGACAAUAGCCGCCAUUCCCGUUACCAUCUUCAUUUUAUUCAUGGCCGCCUUCUGGACUCGACGUGAAAAUAAACCAGGAAUGCUCUCAGCCAUCUUCAUCUUUCAUUGUGGUCUGGCCUACUUCAUCUUCAAACUUGCUCGAAUGUACCAACCGGCCAAAGCAAAAGACUAUUUGCCAGUUCGGAAAAAUUUGACCAGUUUCGCCGUCAUCACAAUCAUUCUCAUUAUCCUAACAAUCGUAAACGCUUCGUUAUGUACGGCAAACUUCAACAAAGGUCUAAAGCCGCAUUUGAGAAAGCGAAAGCUUGGUGGUGAAGAGGAGAAGAUUGAUCACAUGACCGAAUUACCGGAUCUCAAUAAUUCUCACAAACAAACGAAUCGAAUGACAAUAGAUUAAACCAACAAAAAACUUGUGGAUAAAAAAGCGGCAUAUAACUUCAAGACAUCUGAUUACAUAUUUCGGAAUUGGAUCAAGGUUGUUUUGGACGGACUGUAUACUGGGACGACUAUGACAUUGGGUUUUCUUUUUCUUUCUUGUCACUUUUUCUUUGUUCCCUUUUUUCUUUUUUUCUAUGCGACUUUUAUUGAGAUAGUCAUUUUUGAGCGAAGAUAUUUAAGCUUGCCUUGCCUUGGUCAAUACGGCUGGCAUGCAGGUAAAGGCAUUCGAGGAAACGAAACCUCACUUCAUACCCGGAAUCGAUGGAUAUUGGUUGGUUGGCGUUUGAAGGGGCGUACUAUGUGAAUUUUUGUGUUAGGAAUGGCGCAAGUGUUUGCAAAGCAAGAUUCAGAUCGAAUCGUGUGAUGGUUGGAUGAUUGGUCUUUAGGACUAUUAUUCUGAAUUGGAUCGACUUGCUGAGCAGGAAAAUCUAUUUUUGACGGAGAUAGAAAGAGGCAGAGAGCACAGUAGCACAGCAUUCAGUAGCUUGCAAUGUGAUGUUUGCAUAUGAAAGCGCUAGCAAAGCGAAGGGAAUCUUUUAUGGAUGUAACGGGGGAAGGAGGAAAUGGGGAAGUGAAUGAAAAUUAUGGUCUUCAAUAUACGUCUGACGAUCUUUUGUGCUUUUUACU